AGCACGCAAAAGUAUGACACACAAACUGUGAAAUGAGAUCGCGGCGAUGGCAAUCAGAAAGCCGCACCCAUAGGGAGCCAAGCUCACUUUGCGAGCGAGGGUGUGUCAAGGAGCCAGCUCACUGACUGGCAGGGCAGAGGGAAAGCAGCAUUAGGGAGGAAGACCAGGCGGGAGUUGCUUGCUCGCUCCAAGCAUCCAGCGAUGCAGCCAGCAGUCGAUGAAGGAGAAGCUUUGAGUGUUGUUGCUAGGGUUAGGUUGGAUGGCCUCGAACAUUUUCACAGGCUUUGAGAGAGAACUGCAGCCAGCGCCUUCGCGAUUCUUCGCCCUCGCGUACAUGCCAUUCUCACCGUCAGUGUCGUACUCACCCCAUCACUAGCUAGCUUUUACGUGGAGCCUUAACGCUUGCGUUGGUUGGUGCGCUUGUCAUCAUCAUCACUUCAUGAGCGGGUUGCCAUCGCCGCCGCAUUCGGGAAGAUUCACACACCGUGUCGCACGUUUCGGGCGUUGAGCGUCGGUCCUGUCGUUGCGAUGGCGGUUAGGGCAUUCCCAUCUGCCCUUUGCCAGGCUUUGCCUAAGAAAGCCAACGCAUGGCCGGCGAAAAAACUGACGACUGCAAAGUAUGGCGCUCGCACCAAUGCGAUGCAUGUGUAUGCUUGCCUUGUGCUGAUUCUACCUGUGUGGGAGGCUGCGAGAGAGAGCGAGACUGCGCUCGAGAUAGGUGUGAAGGGGGCAACGACUAUCGACCGUCGACGUCUGGAGGCGAACCCCACCCCACGGCGGUCGAAAAAAAGAAACGGGGACCGACCCGCUUCAACACGGCACGGUACAGGCAGGCGCACCAGCAGCCAGCAACCGAACAGGGCAGUGGAUGCGCCCGCUCCCAGUCCAACCUCACUUCCAAUCCCAGCAGCGACCGCGGCAACGACACCGGCCCCCAUUUGCAUUGGCUAGCUGCUACUUGCAUCCAUCCAUCUAUUUGUUAGCGUUGGCCACCAAGACGUAAAGACACGGAGAGAGAGAGACACACACACAUACAGAGACAUCGACGAGCGGAUCGGAGUCCAUGGCGUAUCCGUACCAGUACCAGACGCAGACGCAGACGGCAGCGCUGCAGAGCCCCGGCAACGCCGCCUUCGCGCCCACUGACCCUAUCGGAGAUGCCAGUCAGCAACGCUUCACAUAUCUGUUCAAUCUGGCGCAUCAGCAAUACGUGGCCGGCUACUACCAGGAAGCACUGCGUCUGUGCGAACAGCUCUACGAGUCGGACGCGUAUCGCACCGACAACUUGUUGCUGCUCGGAGCACUGCACUUCCAGCUAGGCAAUCUGUCCGAGAGCAUCUUCUACAACCAGCAGUGCAUUCGCGUGGCGCCCAAUUUCGCAGAGGCCUACGGCAACUUGGGCAACGCGCUCAAGGAGCUCGGAGACGUGGCCGGCGCCGUGCAGUUCUACAUUCGCGCAAUCAAGCUGAACCCGCGCUUCGGCGAUGCGUACAACAACCUGGCCAACUGCUACAUGCUGUUGGGCCAGAACAACGAGGCCGUGGAGACGUACAAGAUGGCCAUCAUGCUGGACCCGCAGCUCGUGGACGCGCACAGUAACCUGGGCAACUUGUACAAGGUGCAGGGCCGUCUGGCCGACGCCAAGCACUGCUACGCACAGGCCAUCCGCGUCAAACCGAGCUUUGCCAUUGCCUGGAGCAACUUGGCUGGCCUGCUAAAGGACGACGGCCAGCUCGAGGCCGCUAUUGACCACUACAGAGAAGCCAUCAGACUCGCUCCGGACUUCGCAGACGCUUAUAGCAACCUGGGUAACGCUCUAAAAGAGGCUGGUCGAGUGGAUGAAGCUAUCCAGGCCUACAAGUCGGCGCUACAGAUCCGACCGAACUUCGCUAUUGCUCAUGGCAACUUGGCCAGCUGCUACUACGACGCAGGCCAAAUGGAGCUGGCCAUCCACACGUUCCGUCAUGCCAUCCAGCUCGAGCCGAACUUCCCGGACGCCUACAACAACCUGGGCAAUGCUCUACGUGAGUGCGGCCAUCUGGAGCAGGCUGUUACGUGCUACCGCACAGCGUUGCAACUCAAGCCGGACCACCCGCACGCCUACAACAACUUGGGCAACGCACUGAAGGACAAGGGGCUGGUUAAAGAGGCUUUGCAUUGCUACACGACGGCGGCGCGUUUACUGCCGCAAUUUGCAGCUGCACACAGCAACAUCGGCAGCGUGUUGAAGGAACAGGGCAAGCUGGAUCAGGCGCUGGCCCACUACCAGCAGGCCAUCACGAUUGACCCCAACUUCGCCGAUGCAUACAGCAAUAUGGGCAACGUAUUCAAAGAUCUAUGUCGUCUGGAGGAGGCUAUCCAGUGCUACUCGACGGCUAUCCGUCUCAAACCGCAAUUCCCCGAUGCCUACAGUAAUCUGGCCAGUGCGUACAAGGACGGCGGUCGACUGGACGACGCUAUCACGUGCUACCGGAAGGCUCUGGCGCUACGGCCGCACUUCCCAGAUGCGUUCGCCAACUAUUUCCACUCGAUGGUGUUCAUCUGCGACUGGCAGUCCCGUAAGCAGGACACGGAGACGCUGCAGCGCUUUGUGGACGAGCAACUGAGUGUGGACGACGUGCUACCGUCUGUCCAGCCGUUCCACGCGCUGGUGUAUCCCCUGUCGAUGCAGCGCUUCCAGGACAUUUCGCGACGAUACGCCGAGCGCGCCAAGCUCAACGUGAGUCUCGUGGACCUGCCGCCCAUGCGCUUCAAGAGCAAACGCGCGUCCGAGCGACUGCGUAUUGGCUACGUGUCGUCGGACCUGGGUAACCACCCGCUGGCGCACCUAAUGCAGAGUGUGUUCGGCAUGCACGACAAGAGCAAGUACGAGGUCUUCUGCUACGCGACGUCGCCCGAUGACGGCUCGAUCUGGCGCAAACAGAUCUCCACUAGUGUCGAGCACUUUGUGGACAUCUGCGCGCUGUCGAACGGCGACGCCGCGCGCACCAUCCACGCCGACGGCAUCCACAUCCUCGUCAACCUUAACGGCUACACGAAAGGCGCGCGCAACGAGAUCUUUGCGCUCCAGCCUGCGCCUGUUCAAGUGAGUUACAUGGGUUUCUGUGGCACGCUGGGUGCCGACUAUAUUCAGUACAUGGUGGGCGAUGCUACGGUGGUGCCUCCAGAGUAUCGACGGUACUUCACAGAGAAACAGAUCAACAUGCCGCACUCGUACUUUGUCAACGACCACAAGCAGUCGGCGCGCGACGUGCUGGACACCGACAAGUGUCCGACUCGAGCUGACUAUGGCGUGCCCGAGGACAAGUUCGUCUUCUGCAAUUUUAAUCAGGUCUACAAGAUCGACCCCGUCACGUUCACGACGUGGAUGAACAUCCUCAAGCGCGUACCCAACUCGGUGCUGUGGCUGCUGCGUUUCCCGCCUAUCGCUGAGGCCAACAUCCGUGCGGAGGCUCGUGCACGCGGCGUCAAGGACCAGACGCGUCUGAUCUUCACGGACGUGGCCCCCAAGGACGAGCAUCUCAAGCGAGGGUACCUGGCCGACCUGUUCCUGGACACACCCGAGUGCAAUGCUCACACGACCGGAUGCGACAUCCUAUGGGGCGGCACUCCAAUGGUGACGAUGCCUAAGGACCGCAUGGCCACGCGCGUGGCUUCCAGUCUGUUGCGUGCUGCCAACAUGAGCGAGCUGAUCACGAAUUCGCUAGAGGAAUACGAGGAGCUCGCGGUGGCGCUGGCCAGCGACAUGGACAGACUUUGGGAGCUGCGACGGCGACUGGAAGACGAGCGUCUCCACUGUCCGUUGUUCGACACCCAGCGUUGGGUGCGCAACUUGGAGACGGGCUUGUGUAUGGCCUGGGAGCGCCACGAGAACGGCCUCGCUCCUGACCACAUCGACGUGCCUGAUAUUUAUGACCUGGAGCAGCAGAAGUCGAAGAAGCACAAGGCCAGUGGAAGUCAGGCUUCUGCCGCUACAGGGCACACUAACAACCACGAGCAGGUCACCAACGGGCCCGUCGGCAGCAGUGCGCUACCGAUGAGUGCGUUGCUGUCCGGUGGCAUGCCCACCGCCACGAGACCAACCCCCGCUUACGAGCAACAAUAAGUUUAAGGAGUUCAGAGUUUACACUUACUCCACCACCACCACCUUUUUUUUCGAAAAUGAAACGCUGUUGCAGCGACCAAAUGAGUAUUUCAUGUUGCACAUGACUCACC